UUGACUGGAGACCAACUCGCAGAGAGGCGGACGAUAACAGCAUCCAUUGCUGUUAUUCAGCCUUCACACAUCUCAAUGAACUGCUCGCAUAGAAGCCACUGAUCGUGCCUACUGCUUUUUGCAGGGCAGAGAUACUGAUCAGUGUCUAAAAACUGCAUCAAUUUUUCUUAUGAAAUUAUUUUUUCAAAGACUCUUUUUUUUUUAUUUCUAGGUCUCCGUAGCCUAACUCCUUUCCACCAUGGUGCUAGGAAAGGUAAAGAGCUUCACAGUAAGCUACGACUGUCUCAAUGACAGCAAUGUUCCCGUGUUUUCCAGCGGGGACUGCGUCUCAGGGAGGGUGAUCAUCGAAGUCACCGGAGAAAUCCGUGUGAAAUCUCUCAAAAUCCACGCAAAAGGAUUUGCAAAAGUUCGUUGGACUGAAUCGAGAAAUGCUGGAUCCAACACUGCCUACACGCAAAACUACACUGAAGAAGUGGAAUAUCUAAAUCACAAAGACGUUUUGAUUGGACAUGAGAGAGACGAUGACAACUCUGAGGAAGGACUCACCACUAUCCUUUCAGGAAGACAUGAGUAUGCAUUCAGCCUCGAGCUUCCACAGACACCUCUGGCUACCUCUUUCGAAGGGAAGCAUGGCAGUGUGCGCUAUUGGGUAAAGGCAGAACUCCACAGGCCAUGGCUCCUGCCCAUGAAGACCAAGAAGGAAUUUACAGUCUUUGAGCACAUUGACAUCAACACUCCAUUAUUGCUGUCACCACAGGCCGGCACAAAAGACAAGACGCUUUGCUGUUGGUUCUGCACCUCAGGUCCUAUUUCCCUAAGUGCCAAAAUUGAAAGAAAGGGAUACACCCCAGGAGAGUCGAUCCAGAUCUUUGCUGAAAUUGAGAACUGCUCAUCCCGCAUGGUUGUGCCAAAGGCAGCCAUCUACCAGACUCAAACUUUCUAUGCCAAAGGGAAGAUGAAGGAGGUCAAGCAGCUGGUGGCCAACCUGAGGGGAGAGUCCCUCUCUUCAGGCAAAACGGAGACCUGGAGCGGCAAGAUGCUGAAGAUCCCACCUGUCUCACCUUCCAUCCUGGACUGCAGCAUCAUCAGAGUGGAGUACUCACUCAUGGUAUAUGUGGACAUACCUGGGGCAAUAAACCUGUCCCUGAACCUGCCCCUGGUCAUCGGAACCAUCCCUCUCCACCCCUUCGGCUCACGUACCUCCAGCGUCAGCAGCCAGUGCAGCAUGAGCUGGCUGGGCAUGGGUCUACCUGAGAGGCCUGAAGCUCCUCCAAGCUAUGCAGAAAUUGUGACAGAUGAGCAGAGGCAGAGUAGUCUGGAUGUCCCAGCAGCCCGCGAGGAGCUGGACGGUCCUCUCUUCGCCUACAUUCAUGAGUUCCGCUUCCAGCCCCCUCCUCUGUACUCUGAGAUCGAUCCUAACCCAGAUCAUGCCAGCCGUACAGAGGAGCGCAGGCUCGACACCUGUCCAUCACGCUGAGGGUAUCCCUUAAACUCCCCUGAUUGAUUUGGGGAUCCCAAAGGAACCUGCCUGCAAGGCUCAGCUUUGUUUAUUUUUCUCUAACAACAGCGUUUGCACAGCACUGUUGACAACAAGAGAAAAACAAAGUAUCCAACCAACAAAGACUUGGACAAAUAUGGACCGUUGAGUUGGCUUGGACAAAUCUGUUCCUGCCUUCCCUCAGUGAGAGAAACAGGAGUCACUAGUUUGGGGUCUCACCUCCUUCCUGUGUCAGCCUGCUGAGGGUGGGAUAUGUACAGAUGAACAUGUAUUCAGUCCGUAUAAAAAGAACCCCACUAGUAGCAAGAGCCCUGGUGAUAAUAUUGAUGUCGUCGAGGAAGAAUCACCAAGGCUCUGCCUGCCAAGCUCCUCUUUAACCAUUGAUUCUUCUGUACCCAUGGCACAUAUGGACAUGUCUCCUCACACAAAGAGCAGGACUAAUCAUGUCUACAGACUUCAGCAGAAUCACCUUCAGAAAAUGGGAUGAAGAGAGAAAAAUAUCAACAACAACAACUACAACAACAACAACAAAGUUCUUACCACAAUAGUCUGUAUGAAUGAAAGUGGCAGCAGUCAACAACAGAGCAAAGACUAGGUCCUCCUGCCUCAUUUGGGAUUUUGUUUUGCACAUUUUAUUCUUUACUUGAGUUGUGUGGCUCCAUUUAAUGAGAAAUGAAAAAAAAAUUCACUAAUAGUUUGGUGUCAGUCUUGUAAUGCGCCAGACUAAGAAAACGAGACUGCAAGCUUAACUUUGAAGACUUUCAUUUGCAACUUUGAGUAUCGCAGAGAACAGGAUUUGUUUUUUGGGAAAAAGACUGAAAAGGACAAGAACAAUGCACUGAAUUUCUUUAAGCUGUAUAAGAAAUUUCUUUUUCUCCUUAUGACAUUUCCUCAGUGACUUAGAAACAACUAGACUGGACUUUUACAAAAAAAAACAAAAAAAAAACAAACAAA